CAUUGGUUUAUGCCAAAUUAAUGCACUGUUACAAGCCGGAGCACAACGUAGCAGGUUCUAUCUUUCGCCGAGAUUGAACUAUAUUCCAGAGGAGAGCAUGAUAUCCAGAGAGACGUGGCUCGCGCGUCUAUGAUGCAGUAGAUGUUUCUAUUAGCCAAGUGCCCGAGGGUGCGUCUCUGAAGGAGUUGAUGAGGCUUGUGGAAAUAUAUGGCAACCAGCGAGGCCCGAGGCGGCGGCCCGGAUCACGAACUGACCAGCCUAUACUCGAUGGAUACCACCUGCUAUUAUUUAUUUACCACCGCGGGGGGGCAGAACCCUUGUCUUCCGAGUCUAUUGGAAACUCCCGCUGCGCCUCAAUAUGGUUCCGGGACGGAACGAGAGCAAUUCCCGAAGAAGGAUGUGCUCCACAUGAUACUACAUAAGCCAACAACCUAAACAACAGAACAUUUAUAAAUCAAU